CUACACAUCACAUAUCAAGGAGCUAAGCUAAAGCUAGGCUAACUAGCUGCUACAAAGUGACAUGUAGUCAACUUUACAGUCAGUCUCAAUGAAGGAGCUUCCACAGUGAUUGGGACAUGGAGAUAAGAAAUAUCAAGGACCAGUCUCCACUGGUCCAGGCUAUAUUCAGCCGAAACACAGAAGAAGUGACAUUUUUGUUAAACCACAAUGAAGAUGUCAAUUCACUGGACCAAGAACAAAGCACACCACUUCAUGCUGCUGCUUAUUUGGGCGAUGUCCACACUAUGGACCUAGUUAUUACUUCAGGUGCAAAUGUCAACGCUAAGGACCAGGGUUUGCUGACUCCCUUACAUCGAGCAGCUGCCUCUCGAAAUCAAAAAUCUGUGGAGCUGCUCCUAAAGCACAGAGCAGAGGUCAAUGCAAAGGACAAAUACUGGCACACACCUUUACACAUGGCAGCUGCAAAGUGGGCCACAGGCUGCGCUGAAGCUCUUUUACCACAUGUGUGCAGCCUGGAUGUUGCCGACAGGUCGGGAAGGACGCCGCUGCAUCAUGCAGCGCACAGCGGCCAUGAAGAGAUGGUGUACUUGCUCCUGAGCAAAGGUGCCAGUGUGAGUGCCAAAGACAAGAAGGAAAGGCAGGCAAUCCACUGGGCCGCAUACCUUGGACAUGUGGAGGUUGUGAAGCUGCUGGUGUCUCACAGUGCUGAUGUGAUGUGCAAGGACAAACGUGGUUACACUCCGCUCCAUGCUGCAGCCGCCAGUGGACAGUUAGACGUGGUCAAAUACCUGUUGAGACUGGCGGUGGAGGCUGAUGAGCCUAACAUUUGUGGGAACACAGCGCUCCACAUGGCCUGUCACACAGGGCAAGACGCUGUGGCCACUGAGCUGGUGAACAGUGGUGCCAACAUCAAUCAGCCCAACCACCUUGGCAGCACGCCGCUUCAUCUGUCUGCCGCCUCCUCCAGCGGGGUGCUGUGUCUUGAGCUGCUAAUUAACAAUGGUGCUGACGUCAGUGUGCAGAAUAAAGAAGGGAAGAGCCCUCUGCAUAUGGCUGCCAUGCACGGCCGCUUCUCAGGCUCACAGAUUCUGAUCCAAAAUGGUGGGGAGAUUGACUCUGUCGAUAUAUUUGGAAACACUCCUCUUCACAUUGCUGCCAGAUACGGUCAGGAGCUGCUGAUCAGUACUCUGCUGACAAAUGGUGCUGAUAAGACCAGACAGGGGAUUCAUGGGAUGCUUCCACUGCAUUUUGCGGCGCUCUACGGAUUUCCAGACUGUUGUCGAAAGUUAAUAUCUAAUGGCCAGUUUUACGUGAUGCCGUCUAAAACGCCGUCAACUGGGGCUGAUAUAAACACCUUAGAUGAUUACGGGAGGACCUGCCUGCACGCAGCUGCCUCUGGAGGAAAUGUCGACUGCCUGAACUUGCUGUUGAAUAGUGCUGCUGCUGAUCUGGAUGCAAAAGAUCAUUUGGGAAGAUCUCCUUUGCACUAUGCUGCCGCUAACGGGAACAGCCAGUGCACGAUCGCCCUGGUGAGGGCAGGCGCUGAGGUCAACGAGCUAGAUCUGACGGGCUGCAGCCCUCUGCACUACGCUGCUGCGUCUCACACCUUUAGUGGAGGGGAAACGAGCUCUGAGCCUGACAGUGAGGGAAAACAACAUGAAGCCUCUCUGUGUUUAGACUUCCUGCUUGACAAUGGGGCUGAUCCAACUCUGAAGAACAGUAAGGGUUACAGUGCCGUCCACUAUGCAGCAGCUUAUGGGAAUAAACAGCACCUGGAACUGCUCCUGGAGAUUUCUUUCAACUGUCUUGAAGAGGUUGAAAGUAAUAUUCCAGUCAGUCCGUUGCACUUAGCUGCGUACUAUGGUCACUGUGAGGCGCUGCGUUUGCUUUGUGAGACAUUGGUGAGUCUGGAUGUGCGGGACAUUGACGGCAGAACUGCCCUCCACCUGGCUGCUCAGAGAGGUUUCGCCCCGUGUGUAGAGGUGCUGCUGAAACAUCAAGCCUCUUACACACUGAAAGAGCACAAGCAUAAGUGGACGGCUAUCCAUGCUGCAGCCGCUGAGGGUCAAAUGGACUGUCUGCUUUUAUUGGUCAACAGGGAACAAAGUGCCGACGUCAUCGACAGUCCAGAUACACAGGGACAGACGGGUCUCAUGCUGGCAGCUCUGGGAUGCCACACUGACUGUGUCCACAUCUUGUUGGAGAAAGGAGCGAAGGCUGAUGCUGCAGACAAAAAUGGCUUCACUGCAUUACACAGAGCUGCCGCGUUGGGCAGUGAGGACUGUGUAUCUGCUCUGUUGGAACAUGGAGCCUCUGCUCUGUGUAGAGACUUUAAGGGAAGGACCCCGCUGCACCUUGUAGCGUCCCGCGGCCACACAGAGCUACUUCAAACUUUGCUAAAGGCUGCUAUGAAAGCUGACCCUCUUGACUCCAUAUUGGACUACAGAGGCUACACGCCCACCCACUGGGCUGCCCACCAGGGGCGUGAAGGAUGUUUACACAUUUUACUUGAAAACAAACUCUUUAGCAACCAGGAGGGAAACCAGUUCACUGCAUUGCACUGUGCUCUAGUUAAUGGACAUGAUGUUGCUGCUGGACUAUUAGUGAAGACUGUUGGCCCUCAAAUUGUAAAAGUUUGCGAUGCCAAAGGAAGGACGCCACUGCAUGCGGCUGCUUAUUCAGGAAAUGUUGCUGGGCUCCAGCUGGUCCUGGCCCAGGGAGCGGACGUCAAUGCUGUGGACCAUUGUGGAUGCUCUGCUGUGAUGGUUGCUGCUGAAUGUGGACAGACUAUGGCUGUUGAGUUCUUGCUGCACAAAGCGAAGCCAGACCUGACCCUGGUGGAUGUCAAUAAUAACACUGCCCUUCACUUAGCCUGCAGCAAGGGUCAUGAGAUGUGUGCCCUGCUGAUCCUUGGAGAGAUCAGCGACUCCUCCCUCAUAAAUGCAACAAACAGCUCCCUCCAAAUGCCUCUUCACAUCGCAGCAAGGAAAGGCCUGGCAACUGUAGUGCAGGUGUUAUUGAGCAGAGGAGCAGCAGUCAUGGCUGUAGAUGAGGAAGGCCACACGCCAGCUCUGGCCUGUGCCCCAAACAAGAACGUGGCAGACUGUCUGGCCCUGAUCCUUUCCACCAUGAAGCCUUUUCCUCCCCGAGACGCCGGCCCUGGAACAGCCUCCCACUUCAACCCAAUCCUGAAGAACUGCGGCAUUGCUACCACCUGUGGGUCCAGCGGCAACCUGUGUCACGCCUAAGUCAAGGUGCUGCAGGAGGGCAUUGUGGGCCUGGGUGAAAUUUUUGUAGCCCAGUGUCGCCAUGCACAGCCAAACACAAGGAACAUGUGGUCAUACAUAGCUUCUUCUCUCUUGUGUCAUGACAUUUUUACAUAUCUGCAUGCACACUAAGUGCUCGUGCACCAGUAGCAUCGAUUGCUUCUCUCGAACUUAGUCUUACACAAUACUAAUAAUAGCAGACCUCUUAGAUUAUCUACCUGUCACGUUGAGUUUAGCACACAUAUUUGUUAUUUUAAUGAAGUAUUAACCAUUAAAAACGAAUGGAGGUUUUAAAAUGAGCACACUACACAAGCCUCUCCACUUGAACCCCGUCCACUGUCAGUAUUGACGUAAUUUCUCGUUAACCACCAGAGCCUGAAAUCUCCAUGUUUGUCUUCAGCUGAUACAAUUGCAAGACUAAUCGGAAGGCUGUGUGUUUACGUAUGUGUGUGUGUGUCUACAUGUGCUACGUUAGACACUGCUUCUUAAUAUACUUGUUUUGAAAUAUCUAACAGGUGCUUUAAACCUUAUAUGCAAUUAAUAAGACUGUAUUUUUCUAACCUGCCUGAAGUUCAGCUGACAUUACACUGAUAUAAAAUAACCUCAUUAUUCGAAUAUUAUCAUGACUUGCAUAAGUUACAUUUCAGUUUAGUAAAGUCACAAGCAUGUGUAUAGUAUUAGUUAUAUAGUUUACAGAGUCUAGUGUAUAUAUAGUUAUUGAAAUGAAGUUAACCUUUUACUUUUAUUAUCUUGAAAAUCCCAAAUUAUUGAGAAUUAACCUCAGGUCGCUCUGUACUGUACUGUGGGUGCAAUAAAAAGCACAUUUUAAGCAGGAUGUUGCGUAACAAACGUAUAACAGAAGUAACAGAAUUUCAGUGAAAUAAGCCAGAGAAUAAAACAAACAAACGAAAGGGUAAAGAAAUACGCUAUGUGUUAAUAUUAAACGUUUUAAAGCACUAGAAAAAAAGGAAUCCGUCAGUGUCUAAGCAUUGAAGUCUUCAACAAAUCUGUCAUUUCACUGUCUGCAACUAAAGAUUCAGUUAAUUGUUGAUUGUUUAUUUUUUUUAAUUAAUGAUUAAGUGCACAUUAUAAGCUGCGAGAGCCUAAUGCGACAUCUUUUAAUUGUUUGUAUUUUUCUUAUCGGCAGUCUAAAACCCAAAGAUAUUUUAUUUACACAGAUAUCCGACUAAGAAAAAGAGCAAAUCCCUCACAUUUUAAAGGCUGUAACCAGAGAAUAACUGACAUCUUUUGCUAUGCACUAAAUGGUUAAAGGAUUUUUUGUGGAUCACCUUGUCCAUCAAUUGUGUCAGCACCACAUUUGACCUUUGUUAUCGCUAUAAUGUGUGCAAUGAAAUUAAAUGUAAGAAACUGCUCACAUUUAACGCCACUAACAAUCUGUGAAACACUAGAAACUAAAAUAAUUGUUUUCUUUUAAUUAUUGUUUACUGGCCCAGUGGAAAAAUCUUCCUUCGUAAUUGUUGAGUAAUCAUUGACAUUCAAUAAAUCUGUUUUUAGGAGAUAUGUCACAUAUUUUACAAUUAAGAAAAUUUGCAGUGCCCACAGAACUAUUUUUUUUUUUUAAAUGUUAUUCACUUGUUAUAGGAGCUCUGUACGACUUUCAGAGCCUAUCUGUAGCCCUUAUUACACAGAGAUCGCACUAUAGGGUCACUACAAAGUCCCUUCUUUAUGCUUCCUUUGUAUUUUUACACAGAACCAAACAACAGCAGCAUCAUGCCGCUCUACUGUGUGAUUUUAGACAGCAUGCCGGCAUCAUGGAAUCAGAAGAGGUGUGGCGACAUGAAGUUUAACACAACAGCAUUGGCCUCUAGUGUGACAUUCGACAUACGUGUCUGCAGCGCUUUAUAAAGCACAACAAUGGCAUUAACAUGGCAAUAAUAAUCACUUACUGUCCCUGUUAUGUGGCAUCUGCUCGGAGGAUAAGGAGCUCCCAGACCUCAUUAUUUUCCGAAUUUGCGGACAUAUUUGGCUACUGUUCUUCUUCUUCAGUUAGCUGCUAACUGCCAUCAGCUACUUUUAAAAUCUCCGGUGAUGAGUCGCACACAUAGCACGUCAUCAAAACAUCACACUGGGGUCCCCGUGAUCCUGUCAUGCCAGCUGUCCCAUUGUUACUACCUCCGGCAAGACACCUCUGCCCCCCAUUCUGCAAUUGUACCUUUUUAUACAGAGCGGUGAGGUGGCACAACAGCAUGAAAUUCCCAUCUUGUUGAAGAGGCCGUGUAAAAGGGGCUCAUGAUUCAGAGUGCUGUCCUAAUAUCACCAUUAACCGACAUAUAAGCACAGUGCAGAGUGGCAGCAAUUCGCUCGCCAGUGGGACACACUCAUAGGGACUCACAUGCACACGCAGCCGGACCGUCUACCAUAACGUAGAACAGAGAAGCUUGGAUUACAACACACAGAGCGUUAGCAUGACUUCAUUUUCUGUUUUACUCCUCUCUAUCUUUGCAUUGCAAAUUAAGGUUUGCUGCCAUAUUAAUGCUCUGAAUAUCCCGUACAGAACCUUAAAAUAUAUUAGCACAACAUACCUGUACUGGUACAAAGAUGCCACUGCCUCUCUCUCUUUAAAGAUCAAGUUUUAUAAAUGGAGUUUUUCAUUAAAUGUUUAUCUUUUUUAUAUUUUGAAAAGCUGUAUACACACACAGACUUUGAUAUUUCUCCUUUUCCUAAUUGAUGUCUUUUACCCAAGUAAUACCCGCUGUGUUAUCUUAAAAAGGCUUUAAACGAUUUGCACUCUGACAUGAAAGUUUACAUUUUACAGUGAGGUGUCCUUCUUAGGUGUAUGCAAGUAUGAUAUGAAAAGGAAAGUGCAUUUUACAAAUUAAACUUAAAGAUAACAGAAACUAAUUCACUUUGAGCUUGUCCUUCCUUGUUUGAUUAGAAUGAAAUCACAGGGACAAAAUGGUUUGACAUUUCUAAACACCAGUUGCAGUGAAAUGUUUGUGUGUCUGUAGGAAGUGCUCUGUUAACAGCUUUUCAUGUGAACAAACUGUCCUCUGUGCAUUUUACCGAGAUUUCAGGGCUUAACUCCCAACUUGAAUACUCUGUGUGAUUUAGUUGUGGAUGGCAUUCAUAUGAGAAAUACAUAAUAAAUUACUACCACAA